UAAACAAUAGGAUACAAAUUAAUAAUUGAAAUAAUGUUCUAGAUUCUAUUUAAAUCUAUAAAUAUUUUGUGUUUCCCCCUUUUUAGCUUAAAUAUAAAAAGUCUGCUAUAGAUCUAAACUAUAAGAAGUGCUGAAGGGUAAAUCAACUUUGUAAACCGGUAUAUGAACAGACAAAAAUGAAAAAAGGUGAUAAAAGGAAAAAGAAAGACGGUCAAAACAAGAAGAGAGUUCCCAAGCCAGAAAGUCUGAUGAGAAACUAUCUGAGGGGCACGCUGUUGUUCGUUUACAGGGCAUUCGGAACUUAUUUGGCCACCCAACCAACUGAACUGAAUAUAAAAAUAGGCGAGUACUACCUCAGCCGCUUUGCCCUAGGCAAUUCAGACUUCAUCGACGGCGAGACCUUACACGGCGGUCAUGGAAAGCUUAGGACCAGCUACCUCAGACACAUUUUUUUAGACGAGGAUCUUGAGACAUUUUUCAACUUACUUAGGAAAUUAGGGCUAGUGGCCACCAGCUCAACCGUAAAGGAAAGAUCUUCCAUACCUAUGCCUGAAACCAAGAAUGAUCAUGCCAGAUGCUUGAAAACCCCACCUAAGAAUAAGGAGUACGAAGUCAUACAAUAUAACUUGGGAAAAGAAGCGCGGACGUUAAGCUACUGUGAAGCUGACGGGAAUUGUUUGUUCCGAGCCCUAGCGACGUUGGUACAUGCCGAUGAAUCAAAGCACCCCUACCUCAGAAGGAGCAUUGUGCAUUUCAUUCACAACUACAAAGACUAUUUUCAUCCUUACGUAGAGGAAGGGGAUGUUGAGAAACAUUUAGAAAAUAUGAAAAAAGAUAGCUACUGGGGUACAGAAGCUGAACUGUACGCAUUAGCAACAAUUUUAAAAACAAACAUCUAUGUCUACACUCCAAAUGCAAGCACUUACAGAUGGAUUCUGCUGGAACCGUUAUUUGAAUGUGAUACGUUGGUAACUGGUUUCGAACACACUCAAGUCUGCAAAUACUUAACAGUGUGCUUCACCAAAGGAAAUCAUUACGACUCAGUAUUGCCUGUCAAGGACUGUAAUUGUUGUUUAGCUCCUCCCAGACUGGAAGGCAAAGAAGAAUCCUCAACUUUGAGUAAAGGUCAAAACGUGAUGAACGUAUUACCCCAAUGUAGUUGUAACUUAAAGGCCUUGGACAGUAGAGAGGAACCAUUUAGCUGCCAAUUUAAAUCCACUUUUAAAAAUGAGGCAGAAGACUUGACGUCUUCCAAACGAUCAAGUGAAGGGCAACAGUGUUCUGUAGCUCCACCGAUUCCAGUGCAUUCAUUUCGUGUAGAGGACCAAGCCAAGAGGAGCUUCAGUGAUGUGCUGUUUGAUGACAUCAAGAGCUUUAAGAGAACCAUCUUCGAGAAAGACUGUCAGGAAAAUGAAUUAAAGAAAGAGAUCAACCAAUGGAAAGACCGCUCGGAUUGGUUUGAAGCACAACUUGAUAACGAGCAGCAGAAGGCGAAAGACAAGAAAGAUCGUCUUCAUAAGACAUAUGUUUCUAUGUCAUGUUGCUCCUGUACACACCAUCUUGACAGUAUUGAGAGAAGACCUUACUUGUUAGAUUGUGGACAUGUUGCGUGUGGUGUUUGCUCAGAAAAGUCCGUCCAGGAAGCACUUCUAUGUAGAACAUGUGGACAAAUCUGCCAUGCCCAAUCGGAGAAAGUCUUCGAAAUUCUUUUAAACACCAUAAUGUGGAUAGAGAAAGAACUUUUAGAUUAGUUACCAACUUAGAAGCAUUUAUUGUAAACUAAAUAAAAAUUCAUCAGGUUUUGUUAGUCUAGAUUUAAAUUUAGAAUUUUAGUUGCCUUUAAAACUACUUUUGGAGUACUAGAUUAAGACUCUCGAUCUAUUUGAGAAAUUCCUACAGAUAGAAAAGAAAUUAAGAAAAUAGAAAAACACACAGAAUAAACUAGUAAUGAAAGAAAAUAUUCAAUAAUUAAAAGUCAAUUAACAAUAACAGUAUAAAUAAUGAAACAAAAAUUAAAUAAAUAAAUAAGUCUAGUAUCCCUCAUGAAUAAUUUAUUUACUAAGCCCAAAGGUAUCCAUAUAACAUAAAUGUGAUUUUUUAAAUCUAGAUUUGGCAGCAUGGUAGAGUGGUGUUGAUGUUUAAGCCGAACUUCUGGCAAGCAGCAGAUAGUUUGUCAAUCAGGGAGUGUAGCUGAAUAACAGAGCGGAUGUCCUGGCAUCCUGCUCUUUGUAGCACUUCCUCUUUGGUUAUCUUAUCUUGCCACCUUAUUUUAAAGAUCCGACUCAGGCAUCGGAGGUGGAAGACAUUCAGCUUUUUUUCCUGCCAUGAGUAGGUUGACCAUGUUUCACUUCCGUACAGCAAGGUGCUCAACACACAGGUCCGGUAGACUAGGGCUUUAGUACUGCUAGUCAGCAAUAUGUUGUCCCAGACUCUUUGUCUGCAACCGUGUCAUGGUGGCCAUUUCCUUGGCUAUCCUGUUGUUUAUGUCUUUAUCCAGUAGAGUGUUGUUGGAUAUGAUGGAGCCAAGGCAACAAAAGUGAUCAACCAUUUCUAGUGGUUGGCCAUUAAUGCUUACUUGAGGUGCAGUGUUUGUGUGUUUGGACAAGUAUCUUAGUCUUGCUUUGACUGAUGUUUAAGCCUAACUUCUGGAAAGCAGCAAUAGUUUGUCAACCAGUUUUGCAGUAGGAAAAAACUUUAAUAAGUACAUUUUAAAGUGUACAUUCUAGAUCCCAAUCUAGUAGAUAUUAAGAUUUUUUAAAAUUUGUUUAUCUAUUGGAUCUAGAAUUCUAGACUAUCUAUAGUUGCAUUAACUUUAGUUUAAAUCUAAUUAGAUUUAAAAAUAGAUCAGUGGAUCAGUAGUUUGAAUAAAAUAAUUAGUAGAUCUAUUAGACUACAAACUAAUGUGAAUUAAGAUGUAGACCUAGAUGUUCUAUUUUAAAUUGAGAUCUAAUGAGCUACCGGUAGUUUAGAUCUAGACCAGAGUCUAAUUAUAAUACUGAAAUGUAACCGUUCUAAGCUACACAUAUAUUACAGAAAUUGCGUCCUACACAUUCUCAAUUUAGUCAUGCAUGUUAAUCAAUGACUUAAACCCAUUAUUCAUUAGAAAAAGGAUGGACAGGCCAACAAGACCUGCACUCAUGGUAUCAGCUGCCAAAACAGAGCAAACUGUGACAACGGUUUUUUUUCUAUACCCAUAUUUCCUUUUGGCUCGCUCCUUCACUUCUUGAAGUUGUACUGGCUCUGGCUCCUAGCCAUCAGCAAUGAUUGCCAGAGACAGACGGGUACCAAAACUCUCAUAUUUCAGAAUAGAUAGAAGAGUGCCAUCUUUGAAAUUUCAUCUUAAUUGACACACUUUAAAUAUAUUGUAACAUGUAUCGUUUUCUAUGCCUUCAAUCAUUAUAUAUUCAUAUAAAUAUAUUUUUUUUUAUUUCUUUACAUUAACAUAAACCUAUAAAUUAAAUAGGGGGAAAAAAUGGAUUCAAUUUUUUUUUUUAAUUUGUUGAAUGCUGUUGUUUUUUGUUUGUUUUUGUUUGUAUUGUAAGUUUUUGAUGGCCCACACGUUGUAAACCCUAUGAUGGCCCACACACUGUUUACUCUACCAUGGCCAUCACACUGUUUACCCUAUGAUGGCCCGCACACUGUUUACCCUAUGAAGGCCCACAUUCUGGUGACCCUAUAAUGGCCCACACACUGGUAACCCUAUGAUGGCUCACACACUGUUAACCCUAUGAUGGUCAAACACUGUUUACCCUAUGAAGGCCCACAUUCUGGUUACCCUAUAAUGGCCCACACACUGGUAACCCUAUGAUGGCCAACACAAUGUUUACCAUAUAAUAGUCAAACACUGUUUACCCUAUGAUGGCCCACUCACUGAUAACCUAUGAUGGCCCAUACACUGUUUUUCCUGUGAUGGACCACUCACUAUUUCCUCUAUGAUGGCCCACACACUCUUUACCCUAUGUUGGCCUACACAUCGUUUACCCUAUGAUGGCUUACACACUCUUUACCCUAUGUUGGCCUACACACUAUUUACUCUAUGAUGGCCCACACACUCUUUACCCUAUGUUGGCCUACACACUGUUUACCCUAUGUUGGCCUACACACUGUUUACCCUUGAUGGCUCACACACUGUUUACCCUAUGAUGACUCACAAACUGUUAUCCCUCUGAAGGCCCACACACUGUUUACCCUAUGAUGGCCAACACUGUUUACCUUAUGAUGGCUCACACUGUUUUCCUUAUGAUGGCUCACACACUCUUUAUCCUAUGAUGGCUCACUCACUAUUUACCCUAUGAUGGCUCACACACUCUUUACUCUAUGAUUGCUCACCCCUCACACACUCUUUACUCUAUGAUGGCCUAUACACUGUUAACCCGAUGAUGGCCCACUCACUGUUUACCCCAUGAUGGCCCACACACUCUUUACUCUAUGAUUGCCCAUACACUGUUUACCGGAUGAUGGCCCACUCAUUGUUUACCCCAUGAUGGCCCACACUGUUUACCUUAUGAUGGCUCACACACUCUUUCUCCUGUGAUGGCUCACAAACUGUUAUCCCUCUGAAGGCCCACACACUGUUUACCCUAUGAUGACCGACACACUAUUUACCCUAUGAUGGCUUACAAACUGUUAUCCCUCUGAAGGCUCACACACUGUUUACCUUAUGAUGGCCCACAAUGUUUACCUUAUGAUGGCUCACACACUCUUUAUCCUGUGAUGGCUCACACAGUAUUUACCCUAUGAUGGUACACACACUAUUUACCCUAUGAUGGCUCACAAACUGUUAUCCCUCUGAAGGCCCACACACUGUUUACCCUAUGAUGGCUCAAACACUAUUUACCCUAUGAUGGCUCACAAACUGUUAUCUCUCUGAAGGCCCACACACUGUUUACCCUAUGAUGGCUCAAACACUGUUUACCCUAUGAUGGCUAAAACACUGUUUACCCUAUGAAGGCUCACAAACUGUUAUCCCUCUGAAUGCCCACACACUGUUUACACUAUGAUGGCUCACACACUAUUUACCCACUGAAUGCCCACACACUGUUAACCCUAUGAUGGCACACACACUAUUUACCCUAUGAUGGUACACACACUAUUUACCCUAUGAUGGUACACACACUAUUUACCCUAUGAUGGUACUCACACUAUUUACCCUAUGAUGGCUCACACACUAUUUACCCUAUGAUGGCUCACACACUAUUUACCCUCUGAAUGCCCACACACUGUUUACCUUAUGAUGGCUCACACACUAUUUACCCUCUGAAUGCCCACACACUAUUUACCCUAUGAUGGUACACACACUGUUUACCCUAUGAUGGCUCACACACUAUUUACCCUAUGAUGGCCCACACACUAUUUACCCUAUGAUGGCCCACACACUAUUUACCCUAUGAUGGCUCACUCACUAUUUACCCUAUGAUGGCUCACACACUAUUUACCCUAUGAUGGCUCACACACUAUUUACCCUAUGAUGGCUCACACACUAUUUACCCUAUGAUGGCUCACACACUAUUUACCCUAUGGAGGCUCACACACUAUUUACCCUAUGAUGGCUCACACACUAUUUACCCUAUGAUGGCUCACACACUAUUUACCCUACGAUGGCUCACACACUAUUUACCCUAUGAUGGCUCACACACUAUUUACCCUAUGAUGGCCCACACACUAUUUACCCUAUGAUGGCCCACACACUAUUUACCCUAUGAUGGCUCACUCACCAUUUACCCUAUGAUGGC